UCUGUUCCACGCUAUCCUGCACACAGCAAUGAGGAAACGCCCACAGGUCUCUCACUGCCCGCCUCCAUUCCUCCCCGCCCCCCCGAGGCCUUCAUGGGAAAGCACAAGAGAAGCGGCGCCGCCAUCUUGACGUCACCGGCGCCGCCAUCUUUACGUCACGUCGCGUCACGUGAUGCCCGUGCCCGCUGUUGCCGUUGAGCGGCGCCUCAGCCGGGGCCGGGCGGAACAUGGCGGAGCUGUGCGGCCUCGGGGCCAGCGCCUCCAUGAGGGGGGACACGGAGGAACACAAGCAGCAGGGCUCGGUGCUGUUCCUUGGAGGCAACGAGGUGAAGAGCAGCGCUGUGGUGAAAUACUCCUCAGCUCCACCACAAGCCGCCUUUGCCUGGCUGCAGGAGAAGACGGAUCUGAAGCUGCCGCCUGCAAAUUGGUUACGGGAGAGCGCCAAGCUGGGACCUGCGGGCACCACCGUGCUGGGCAACAACAAGAAGAGCACCCCGUUCUCAAGCUUUGGAAUGGCGUAUGACUUCAUUGACUCCAUUGGAAAUGACGUGGAUGUUGUGUCUGAUUCAGAGAAUAUUAAGAAACUUCUGAAGAUCCCUUACAGCAAGUCACAUGUGAGCAUGGCAGUACAUCGCAUUGGGAGGACGCUCUUGUUGGAUGAACUAGAUAUUCAAGAACUCUUCAUGAGAUCAUCUCAGACAGGGGACUGGACGUGGCUGAAAGAGUUUUAUCAAAGACUAAUUGAUCAGAAGUGGCAAAGGAAAAAGAAGAGUAAAGAGCACUGGUACCAGAAGGCCAUCCUUUCCAAAUUUCUGUAUUACAGCAUUAAUGGUGAUGGAGCUGCUCAGCCUGUUCCUUCCAGUUCAAAACAGCAUGAGGAGGGUGCUGUUCCAGGUGAGAGCGAUGAAGCAGGAAGGGCCUCCUGGCCAGCUCCUUUUGAGAUGCCUUCUUCCUUAUCUGAAGAUCCAGGUGCCUCUAACCAGGGAAAUGUGCCUCUUGAACCCUCAUAUAUAGUGGGGCAUGUGGCCUCAGCCCCCAAAGAACAAAACCUGACUCCUUUGUUCAGUGACGGGGAAAACAGUCAGGGACUUAAAAAUGACUUUGUUCGUAACAUCUUGUGGACCUUUGAAGAUAUUCACAUGCUAGUAGGAUCAAAUAUGCCUAUAUUUGGAGGUGGCAGAUACCCUGCUGUGAGCUUACGUCUCAGGGAUAACAACAAGCCAAUAAAUGUGUUAACAGGAAUUGACUAUUGGCUGGACAACUUAAUAUGCAACGUACCAGAGCUUGUGAUGUGCUUUCAUGUUAAUGGAAUUGUUCAGAAAUAUGAAAUGAUCAAGACUGAAGAUAUUCCCAAUUUGGAGAACUCCAAUUUCUCUACCAAAGUGAUAAAAGAUAUUGCUCAAAAUAUCUUAUCCUUUUUGAAAUCAAAUUGCACCAAAGAAGGACAUACAUACUGGUUAUUUAAGGCAAGUGGGAGUGAUAUAGUAAAACUCUAUGACCUAACAACCCUUUGUGAAGAAACAGAAGACAAAUACCAAAACCCUUUUACAAUGCCAGUGGCAAUUCUUCUGUACAAAGUUGCUUGCAAUAUGAUGCUGAAGAAAAACCAGAACAAGAAACACUAUGGCACCAUCAGAACGUUGCUUCUGAAUUGUCUUAAGUUACUGGACAAUGGCAGACAUCCUCAAAUUAUUGCUUCAGCAAACUACAUGCUGUCAGAGCUCUUCCAGUUGGAUGAGCCUAAAAAAGAAGACAAUACAGACUUCCCUAUAAACGGAAAUUCUGAUGAAAGUUACAGUGAAGAAGAGGAAGAAAUGCCAGACAGUGAUGAAAAUGGUUCUUACAGUAACAGUUCUGAUCCACCAGAUGACAACAAAGCAGUGGCUAUAAUAAAAUCUGUAGGAGAGUUAUCAGUACCAGAAAAAUACAAGUCCGUUCAUCGAAUACGUCCUAGCUGUGCAUUUCCUGUCUGCCAUGGUGCUGAAGAGCGUUGCAGGCUUGUGCUUAGCUACGUCCUGGAGGGCUUAAAGUCUGUUGACAGCAGUGUUAAAAAAGAGAGUGACCUUCCUGCUGCUGACCCCAGCACACCAAUCCCACUGAAAUAUGAGGAUGAAUCCACCAGUGGUGGUCCGGAGUGUUUGGAAAAACAGAUGGCCUUAUUUUUAGACAAAAUGGGCUCGUUUCAGAAGGAUAAGCAUUCCAGUCAGUCAGGAAUGAUUCCUGGAUCAUGGCAAUAUAAAAUGAAACUCCAGCUCAUUCUGAAGUCAUCAAAGGCUUAUUAUGUCUUGUCUGAUGCUGCUAUGAUUCUGCAGAAGUACGGGAGGGCAUUACGAUACAUCAAACUGGCUUUACAGUGCCACGAUACCUACUGUUGUCUCUCUGCCAGCAUGCUUCCUGAGGUGUUAGUAUUUCUUUGUCAGUGCUUAACACUUUGUGGUGAUAUCCAAUUAAUGCUCGCUCAAAAUGCAAACAACAGAGCAGCAUACCUUGAAGAAUACAACUACCAGACAAAGGAAGACCAGGAAAUACUACACAGUCUUCAUAGAGAAUCCAGCUGUCAAGUGUUUGCCUGGGCUACUGACUUAUCUACAGACUUGGAAUGCCAACUUUCAGUCAGCUGCAAAUGUUACGAAGCAGCUUAUGAAAUCUUACUUUUCAGUAACUUAAAGAAGCAAAAUCCUGAGCAGCAUGUACAGGUGCUGAAGAGAAUGGGUAACAUCAGGAAUGAAAUUGGAGUCUUUUACAUGAAUCAGGCUGCUGCAGUGCAGACAGAGAGAGUGGUGAGUAAGAACGUAUCAACAACAGAGCAGCAGCUCUGGAAGAAAAGCUUCUCUUGCUUUGAAAAAGGCAUUCAGAACUUUGAGUCAAUUGAUGAUGCCACCAACGCUGCUCUCCUGCUGUGCAACACGGGAAGGCUCAUGCGAAUUUGUGCUCAAGCUCAUUGUGCAGCUGAAGGUGACUUCAAAAGAGAAUUUUCUCCAGAAGAGGCCCUUUAUUAUAAUAAGGCUAUUGACUACUAUCUGAAAGCACUAAGAUCUCUUGGCAAGAGGGAGAUGCAUCCGGCUGUUUGGGAUUCUGUGAACUGGGAGCUGUCUACCACUUAUUUCACUAUGGCAACUCUACAGCAGGAUUACGCCCCGUUAUCCAGGAAGGCUCAGGAACAGAUAGAGAAGGAGGUCAGUGAAGCCAUGAUGAAGUCUUUGAAGUACUGUGAUGUUGAUACAGUGUCUCCACGGCAGCCUCUCUGCCAGUAUCGCGCUGCAACCAUCCACCACAGACUUGCUUCAAUGUAUCACAGUUGCCUCAGAAACCAGGUUGGCGAUGAGCAUUUGAGGAAACAACAUCGUGUACUUGCUGAUCUUCAUUACAGUAAAGCUGUAAGACUCUUCCAGCUCUUGAAGGAUGCACCCUGCGAACUCCUUCGCGUGCAAUUGGAAAGAGUGGCAUUUGCAGAAUUCCAGAUGGCAAGUCAGAACAGCAGUGCUGGGAAAUUAAAGACGUUGUUUGGGGCCCUAGAUAUAAUGGCUAAAACCAAGUGUGCGUUCCAGCUUAUCAGAAAAGAGCUUGCAGCAGAGAGUGAGCAGAUAAACAAGGGUGAGAGUAAUGCUGAGAGUGUAUCACCUAAUGAGUCCUCCACUGCCCUUAACAAGGAAGAAGUAAUGAAGCUACUCAGUAUUUUUGAGUCUAGAAUGUCAUUCCUUCUUCUCCAAUCUAUUAAGUUGUUAACUUCGACAAAAAAGAAAACUGGGAGCAUUAAUGAAGAAGAGGUCACUCUUAAGACAAACAAACAAGUUUACUCUCUUCUGUUGCGUGCAACUGCUAACAAAAGUCUGACCCUGCUAGAGAGAAUAGAGGUAAUCUUAAACCUGCUGGAGCAGCUGACUCAGAAUAGUGAAGCCAGUAAUGGUGGAAUUCAGUGACUUCAGUGCUGCAAAAGAGCAGUAACAGUGCCUUGUGAAUGCAUGGGAUCAGUGGUAUUUUUUCCCAUGUGGUAUUUGUAUUUAUCAAAGGUGAUAAGCGUACUGCCUACGUGGUUAACACAGGACACCUGGGGAAGAGUAGGAAUUCCCUGUGAAGCUGUGAUGACUUUGGCAUGGUUUGGUUAUUAGCGUUUCUUUGUUUGAAAUGCAAAGUUGAGGUUCUGGAUACAAACUAUGUAUGGUGUUCUUUUUUUUUUUUUUAUCUUGGGAGAAAAGCACAAUGUUUCUCUUUAAGGCUUUGCAGCAAUGCAAACAUUUUGCAUAGGAAUAUAACCUCACAGUUGCUCUGUUUGAUAUUUAACGAGAUAGACUUUGUAAGCAAAGCUUUAUUGGAAUACUUUAACCAGGAACAGGAAACCAAGCAGUGCAAGGAGGUUUCUGUCGGAUGCAUGGAUACAUUUCUCUCAUUACAGUCACUAUUCUGCACAAAAUGUGUGCCUUCCUUGCUUUGAUGCAAGGUUCUUGCAUUUGCCAUUGCUGGUGUUUCAUUUGCAACAGGAGGUGAAUGAUCUUUGCUGUGUUGGAAUUGAUCCACAAUAGUGUUAUCUUUUUUCAGACUUGAAACUGUGAAUAAAAGCAUAUUUUUAAAUAAAUAUUUAUUAAAUAAA